AUGCAUUUGGCUAAGACGGUGCUGAACGUGUUACUGUACAGCCUCGUCGAACUCACAGCAUUCACUGUGCUCACUCUGACGCUCAAGAGACGACUCAACUUCUCCACGUUGCAUCAGCUCGUUUUCGUUCUUGAUCGAGAAAUGAUUCAUGUUCAGACGGCAAUUAUUUUAUGGGUGUUCUACACUACACAGAUAUCGCUGACACACUAUGGAACGGACUACUCUUUCGAAUUUGCAUGGCUGGAGAGCCCGACUACUACAUGAUCAAGUUAUACUUCGUAUCCAACAAACAGAGGACGGUAUCGUGGCUGUAGAUACGACACUUGUAGAAUUACGUGGCCAUGUUCUGGCGAACUACAGUAUAAUACCAUACAGAAGUAGUACUUUUAAGGAUUUGGAGUUUCCGAUGAAAAAAAAUAAAGACAAAGUUGGAUCCUCC